CAAAUUUCAACCUGCAAAGACUUUUCAAUCCAUUUUUUCCAACAAGUGCUAAAUUGAAGAGUUAGAAGAAAUUUUGUUAAGAGCUUCGAGCAAUGUGCUUUAAAUCAUGGCGUAAAACUAGAUAUGGGUGUAACACUAACAUCUAAAACUGAUGAAUUGCUAGAGAAGCUAAAUAAAAUAAGAAAUUGCCAAACAAUACUUAAUGAGGAAAUAUCAGUUUUAAAUAGCAGGAAAUAUUGUCUGAUACAAGUUAAACCUAGCAAGAACGUCGCUAAAUAGAGC